AUGCAGGUUCAAGAACUUCUGAUGCAUCAGGACAAGUUUGCCAUCCUGCCCUUCUUGGCGUCCGUGGACAUGUUCUGGCCAUCAGAAUGGAAUUCCACAGUUUUCCUAGCGGUGGACUCAAGUGCAGAAGAUGCACAACUCUGCUCAGAGUUGGCACUGCGUGUGCAGUGUUUGGUUCCGCCGACCAUCAAUCGUUUUCGGGGCUUGGUGGACUCUAUAGAGUUCAGCGGCAGAGAAGUGAGCCGCCGAUACAAGGACCAGCUUCUCCAAUUUCAUUACUUGCUUUCCGAUCAGUACAUUGCGCAAAGCCACCCCCUUCCGGAUUGGAUUGCUUGGUUCGAUGCUGAUGUGGUUCUUCACACUCCACAUGUGCCAGCGCUCCUCUUUGAUGCCGGUCGACCUGUUCUCCAUGCGCGGCGUUCGCCAGUGUACUUUAUGGCCACCAUGGCUGCUGGAAUGGAUUGGAUAGGGGAUUUCAUGGACACCUACCCCAUGCUUGUUCGGCCAUCCCACCUGCAGAACUUCCGACGAUUCCUCCAGAACGUGUUCGAG